AUGGACGCAAAAAACGAAAGACCUGACUACCGACUGAAACGAGAUGAAUUACUAUCAUUUCGGAACCUGAUAUCAAAGAAUAUUGCACAACUGUCUUCUAUUAAUUAUGUGAACCCACAGUUGGAGUCAGCAUUACAGCAAUUAUCAGAAAGGAAUUUUAAAAAUGAAAAAGAAACUCGAGACCAAUUGCCUUUUGAAGCUUUCUCAGACUUAAUCUGGACAAAUGGCUCUAUUUUGCAUGAAUUAUCUAAUUUAACGAACCACUUAGAGUCUAUGAAUGAAUCUUUCUCGUCAUUCUCAACGUCCAUUGAUUCUUAUGACUCUCAUUGGAAUUCUAAAUCCAAAGCCGCAAUGGAAUUGCAUAACAAAUAUCAAUCCAUUGAAGCUGAGAAGAAACGCGUUCAUGAAAAACUUGAUUGCAUAGAGUAUGUUGAAAACAAUUUCUUAAUUUCAGAUGAAGAUUUAAUUCAUUUGACUUCCCACAACGAUGUUGACGAUCGCUUUUAUCUAAUCUUCGAGAAAGCCCAGUCCAUUCAUGAUAACACAAACUCUCUUUUCACUCCUGUUAGUGAGUUCCUUAAUUAUGAAUCUCUUGAGGGGAUCAUAAAGACUAUGUCGAGGCAUAUUGAUACUGCUUACGGUAAGCUGUACAGGUUUGUAGAACUUGAACUCAGAAACCCUCGAGUGAUUCAAACUAUGGAAACCAAUUCAGAAAUUAAACGAGCAAUAACAAAGCUUUUAUCUGAACAUACAACAGCCAGCAGAACGAUAAACUUGAUUAUUCAGGUACGGCAGCAGAAUCUUCAUUCGGCAUAUGUUACUGCUUUAACUAGAGGUGAUGCACUCUCUUCCUCAAAACCAAUUGAACUUUCAGCGCCAGAUACUAUGCGCUUUAUAGGUGAUCUUUUGGCUUGGAUUCACCAAACUAUUGUGAAUGAGAAAGAGCUAAUUGAUUCUAUAUUUGCUGCUAGAAGACAACAAGUAAACAGCCACCCGGUGCCCCCUUGGGAUAUACCUUCUACUGUACAAGAACAAACAAAUAAUUUAUUAGACGGUAGUUUGUACGGUAUUUGCCGUCCUUUGCUUUCGCGGGCACAAACCUCAAUACUCGAUUUAACUGAUACCAUCCGUUUAUACAAUUUAAUCGAGCUGCUUGGAUUCUAUCAUGAAGCAUUUUCAAAAAUUGUUCACGAAAACUGUAUAGUUCUCAAGAUACUAAAAACGAUUGAAGAUUUUACUUAUCAGAGAAUGAAAACAGUCAUUGACGAUGAACUAUACGCUAUUUCGUCUUCACUUCCUAAAGUUACUGACGAUUUGCUUCCGCCAGAUUUUGUUACAAGCUUCCUUCGGAAUUCAAAUUCCAUAUUUAAGAUUCGAAAUGCGUCUCUAAGUGUAAAGGGAGUAGAUGAGGAGCAAUUCAUUACAAUCUUCUCCGAUUUAUUCGAAAAAGUGCUUCAAAUUUGUUUUACUAUGGUUAAGGAUCGGUUACAUUUUCACAAAUAUGUAAUUUACUUACUAAACAUUCUAGACAGCUGUCUUACUUACCUCAGACGCUACAACUUCCUCGCCCAUAUACGAGAGAGCUUUGAAAACAAAGAAAAUAUGUAUGUUGAAAAGCUGAUAGAUUUGGUAUAUCAAACUUAUCUAACUGAAUCUGGUCUUUCGGAUCUCAUCAACUUUAUAAAAAACAAGGACGAUAAGGAAGAACUAAAAGCUAUUUCAUCAGUCUCUUGGGACGAACAGGUCUCACGAUUUAAUUCUUUUGUUACUAUAACCAUUUCAGAAAUAAUCGCAGAUCUUCAACUUCUUGCUGCGCCAUUAAUAAUGGAACAUGUAAUGAAAAGAACAGCAGAAAUGUAUAUUCAAUCGUUCCAACAGAUAACUCAAAGGGUCCAACCUAUAGUUGGAUACGUGUGGCCUUUAUCAAUCGAGGAAUUGAAAAUUGCCAUGAACAUAGAUUCAGCUCUCGAUUUCUAG